GACAUCUGCCGACAACGGCCUGCACACACCUGAACGCCGAACCGCUGCGGGAGCCCGGCGGUCAGGGCGCUCACCUGGACGGCUCAGGCAGGAAGAGUUAUGAGUGUGCUCGGAAAAGACCUUGUGUGGACGAGGGAGCGAAACCUACAGGAAGUGGCUGAGGAAGGAUAUUGGAUUACACACUCACUGGGGAAUCCCCAGUUUUAUGUGGGUUUAUGGAAAGUGAAAUGGGAGCAGGAAGCCAUAAUGUUGAUGGCCCUGCGUUCAGAAAGCACCACCUACUCCGGGUUUAAGAGCUCCAUCAGGAGGAAACUGACGGCCAGAGCUCCGGUGGCGAGCAGCCCUGUUGUCACAAGGUGGCAGCAGCGACAUGCGGGAGGUCUCGCAGCAGAGCCGCGCCGUGCCCGCAGCGCAGACCUUCGUGCCCUCCGGGGUGCCCGGAUCGUCAGCACGCGCAGGAGGACUGCAGCAACAAGUCAGAUGCUUAAAAAAGCCAGCAUCAUGAGAAGUGCUGUGACUCUAUCUAACAGGCACACUGCAGCAGGCUUGGAAGGGAGAAAUGACAGGAGAACUGAAAUACAAAAAAAGCAGAAAUGUACUACUCAACUUCUGAUGGUUCAAGAAACUGGAUGUAGCAUGGCAGGAAGUGACAUGAAGGUCUGUGAAAAUACCAGUUGCAUCUGGAAAGGAUGCCGAGAAGGGAUGCAGAAUGAGUUCAGAACUGUUACCAUCAUGGAGCCAUCAGUGACAUGGGAGCCAGAACUGAGGCUUCAUAUUACUGGUUUGCGCAAUGAUUACUAUCUAAACAUACUGGACUGGAACCUUGAAAAUCUCAUUGCUGUUGCUCUAGGAUCUACUGCAUACAUUUGGAAUGGAAGAACUCUUCAAGGCAUUGAAAGCAUUGAUUUAAAUUCCGGUUCCAAAUACAUUUCAUCUCUAGCUUGGAUAAAAGAAGGAACCUGCCUUGCUAUUGGCACUAGUGAUGGAGAAGUGCAACUGUGGGACAUUGAAAAGAAAAGGAGGUUGAGAAAUAUGUUUGGUCACCUGUCUGUAGUUGGAGCUCUGAGCUGGAAUCAUUAUAUUCUGAGCAGUGGUUCAAGACUGGGAUCUAUUCAUCACCAUGAUGUUCGAGUGGCUCAGCACCACGUUGGUAGUCUUUGCCAAAAGACACAAAGCAUUUGCAGCCUCAAAUGGUCAUUAACCAGUCAGUUGCUCGCAAGCGGGUCUAGUGAUGGUACACUGAAUAUCUGGCACGGUGAUCCUGGUGUGAAUGUGCAGUCACAGCCACUGAAAACCAUACCUCAUUCUUCAGCAGUUAAGGCUAUGAACUGGUGUCCUUGGCAAUCCAAUGUCCUUGCUACAGGGGGUGGAAUGAAAGAUGGGAUUUUGCGUGUCUGGGACAUAAACCAUGAGAAACUCCUACAAAGUGCAGCUACAGAUUCUCAGAUUUGUUCAUUGCUCUGGUUACCCAAAACCAGUGAACUGAUGACUGGACAAGGCCUUCCUGGAAAUCAGAUGAAAAUAUGGCAGCAUCCAGCACUUAUCAAUUCAUCAGAACUCUAUGGUCAUGAAGGGAGAGUCCUGAACGUAGCCUUGAGCCCAGAUCAGAGGAGGCUCUUUUCGGUUGCUGCUGAUGGGAUAGCUUGUGUGUGGAAAUGCCAUGAGUCUAAAGAGAGCAAAAAAAAAAAGAUGUUUUUUUCCUAAUGAUUAUUAGAGCUCAUUCUUGUGACUUAUUUUCCUUGAAAGCAAACAAUUUUACGUAUCUCACUCAUUCAGUAAUUCAAAAUAUGUGUAUUCCUUCCAACUGAAACAUGGCAAAAUAGAGUGUCAUUUUUUUCAAGAGUAAAGCAAUUUCCCCCAUUAGUCCAUCAUAUGAAAUGUUACUAGCUUGUCUUACUUAGCCUAGAGGAAAAAAAGUUCCAACUCUGAAGAAUAACAAAUCAUAUUUGUUUUCAUUAAACUAGCAAGCAUGAAUGGAAUCUACCCCAUGCCAACAUAAGGUCUUAGGUCAUGCUUUUAGCUAUGAUUCUUGUAAUUUUACAUGGUCUUAGUGUCUGUAUUGGAAUCCAUGUGCCAGGCUGUUUAAAUUGUGUUGAGUCAAUCAAGGUCUGGGAUCAGCAGAUACCAGUCCAAGGGGCUGGACUGUUUUAUAUAUCACAUAGCUUAUAGUACAGAAUCUGCCUAAAUAUUUCUAGAGAUCCUAGCAAAGCAUAUAAUGCUAAAUAAAAAUAAAUGAUUUGUUGGCAAUUCUUCAUUUUUAGUAAUAGCAAUGAUAAUUAAUUUUACUAGCUAAAUAAUCUGUGUUGGAUUUAGAUUUUUUUCCUUAUAUCCACCUACUGUGUUUGUUAGAUGUUUGGAAACACAAAUAACUGCAUAAUAAUUCUAUUAAUAUCCAUAGUUCUGUAAUCAACAUGUUAAUAAGCCAGACAGGCAUAGUCAGAGAAGUGCAGCAGUUAGUUUUUUUUUAUCCCUUAAGGGUAGUAAUUUAGUUCUGGGUGUCUGCAGGUCUGGCAGCUGUCACUUUUGUAUGAAUUUUAUGUAAUGCCACACCUCUUGGACUUUAAUAGGAGUUUCUCUGCAAAAUUCCUGUGUACUAUCAACAGCUAAGAAAGGAUGCCAGGUUUGGUCUUCAGAUGCUAUUCAAAUGCAGUUCUGUAGAGCUAUUCCAAGCCAUAUUUUAGCCAUAAGUGUCUCUGGAUCUUUGAUUUCAUUAUUUGGAAUGAAGAGAGGCAAGGAUUCACUCUUGCAUUUGUGUCUUAAAAGCCCUGUUAGCUCAGAAACUCAGGAGUUUUGUCCCAGUUGAAAUAUAUUUAGUGUCUCUCCUCUAGCUGGACUGUGAGAAAAUGGGAUAUAAGGGGAGUAGAUCAGUGUCCACUCAUGGAAAAUUCAGCUGUUGAUCAAAUGCUUGAAAAGAGAUAAGCAACAUUAGCAGGGGCACAGGCAUCUCUGGAGGUGAAUGUGAAACUCCCUUGUCUUUAGUUCUCAUCAUUUUAAAAACCUUAUCUGAUAUUCAUAGGUCACAUGAUCACUAAUUUUAGGUCUGGCAGAUUGAGACCACUCAUCAUUUUUACCUAACAAGUUACUGACUUACAAUAAAUCUGCCACCAAGUUACCGUUUCUGUGGUCACCCUGUGUCGUCUUCAGGAAAGUUUAGAAAAUGAGAACAGUGGUUAUGAAUUUUGAAAUUACUGCGAAGAAGCUGAUGUCUGAGAAUGGGAAAUACACUGUGCCUGUCUCCUAAUAUAUUGUGUAAUGUUUGAUCAAUUAACUAGAAUAUGAUUUAAAUAUUCAAAAUAGUGUUUUAUAAAAUUUUAAAGGUUGUUGUUGUUUUUAAUGUUAAAAUAAUAGUUUCUCUCUGUUGACUGGGAGAAAAGCAGUGGAAUUCAGUUCUUUACUCAUAUAUUUCAGGAGCUGCCCUGGAAAUUCUGUCCUUUGAUGGUACCUAAGUGUUGGUUUGCCACUUAAAACAGGGUGGAGGACUGUGGUGAAGAAGAAACUGAAGUUAGGCAUAUUUUGUUGGACAUUUGUCUGUCAAAAUAAUUUAAAAAACCCUGCUUAUUUUCAAACUAAGAAUUGUUCAGUACUUAAUUCUCCAUGUUCGUUACUGAUCUGUGAAACUAUUGGCCCCAGAAGUAUUUCAACACAAUAUCUGACGGAGGGAGAAGUUGCACCUCACAACCUCUCUGGGUAGCCUGUACCAGUUCUCCAUCAUCUGCACAGCUGAUAAAUUCUUCCUGAUUUUCAGAAGGAACUUCUGGUGUUCCAGUUUGUGCCCAUUGCCUCUCACCCUGGCACUGAAAAGAGCCCAGUUUCAUACUCUUUGUACCCUCCCUUCAGGUAUUUAUAGGCAAUGAUGAAAUCAUUGAGCCUUCUAUUCUCCAGAAAGGGCAGUCCCAGCUUUCUUAAUUCAUAAGAAAAUUGAUGCAAACCCUUCAUCAUCUUGGUGGCCCUCCAUUGGACUACGGUAGUGUAGGGCAGAACUGGAUACAGCACUCCAGAGAUGAUCUCAGCAGUACUGAGUUGAUGGGUAGGAUCCCCUCUCUUGACCUGCUGGUGAUACUUUGACUGAUACUGAUGCCCACUCAUACCCAGGCUAGUCUAAGACAAAGAUCAGAAUCCAUUUCUUGAGGGCCAGCUUGUUCUGCAUUGGGAUCUGUAUGGACUCAAGGCUGAGUCUCCACAAGUGAAACAGAUGAUAAGGUAUAAAUGGCUGAAACCUAGGCCAUCAGCCACAUAGUUCUGUCCAAGGUGGAAUAUUUUACAGCUCGUAUGCAAUCCAAACCUUCAGAACAAAAAUCAUUUUAAAAGAGGAAAAACUUCACUGACAAUAUAAUAAAGUGGUUAUCUGGUUGUGAUGCAAUGAAAUAGACUACAGAAACUCCUAUUAGGAAAUGCCUUUGCUCUGCACAUAAAAUGCACUCCUGCUGCUACACAAUCUGACUUGAUGCUACUCAGCAUCAUUGCUUUACUUAAUGCUGCAUAAAUAUAAACCUGUUCACUUCCUGGUUUACAGUGAGUAGGAAUUGUUACAUGCUAGAUGUAGAAAUGCAGUUGAUUUUAACACUUGAUCUAGCUGAUACAUGUGAUCUUAAUUGCUAGUUAGAUUCUCUGUUGCAUAAACUUGCAUGGGCUCCCUCCAGUAGUGGUGGAGCUGUAUGUGACUUCCAGUCUGGGGAAGAGGAAGGAAUAAGAUGAAAAUGUGACAGUGAAAAAUUGGACAAAGAGUAAAGUAACAAAGUAAGACUAAUCAAUGGGGAGAGUGAAGUAGCCCAGGAUGAUUGUUUUGAAGAUCAGCUGCAGAUUUUUCACAAGAAUCAGUUCUUUCCUAACUAAGGAUUUGGUUGUUUGCACAAGGGGAAUAGAAAAAAAUUCUGUGUUGUUUUACUGAUUUUCUGGGUGUUUAAAACAGAAAUAAAGUCAUCACAUUGGGUGCUAGUAGGCCAGAGAGCCAGCUUUCACUGAUACAAUCUUCACUGUCUAGGAAUCCUCUUCUCUUCUUUGCUUCGCUUCUGUGUUUGUGCUCUUUUGUGCUUUUGCAUCUGUUGGUGCAUUCAGUACAUAACUCAAACAUAUGUAACUACUCUUUAGGAAUUACAAUCAGGAAUGUUAAAAAUUUUGACUGUGUAACAUCUGUAAUGGACAGAAAACAUAAAAAAAGAUGUUUGGCAUCAAAACUUUUAAUAGACGAGGCUCUCUCCCUCUGCAAUAACUAAAUACUGGGUGAAAACAGUUGUAUUUUAAUCCACAUUUUCCCACACUAUCCUUAGAAAUUAUGUUCAAUUAUUCAUUAUUAAGAGAUAUUUUUAAAUUAAAAUCAUGCUUGAUUUAUCCACCUUGUGAAUGCUCUCUGCUUUCUUUUAGUUGAUGCCUAUUUCCAAUUUAGAAACCCCAAAGAAACAAAAUAAAACCACCCCCUUUUUGAGGCAUUCACAGUAUUGAAAAUAUCCAAUGCUGUUAAUAUAGAGGGGGGAGAGACAUUUUUCAUAAUACGUCUGUUUGCUGUUUGACAAAUGGUUGUUGAAGUGCUUAAAAACUCUACUGUCUGUGUCAGUGGCAGUAGUGGAACCAUGAAGGUUUCUCAGCUGGAGUACUGAUAAGAUAAAAUGCUAUUUGUAAUACAAAAACAACAACAACAAAAAAGCAAAACAAAAAACCUAUGGAAUCACAGGACCAACCUUAAUGAUUCUCUAAGUCUACAAAUGUAUUUCUUUCUUCUUUUUGUUUUCUUUCUUGUGAUAGCACAAGAAACAGCGCUCAAUUCAUGUUGAUGCUCCAUAUGAGACACUUUCUGUCACUUCUCAGCUUAUCAGCUGUUUUCCCUUCCCUUCCCUUCCCUUCCCUUCCCUUCCCUUC